AUGAAUCGCUGUGGUGACGGUGAUGGCAAGCCCACUCCACACCGGAGACAUGCAACAGGCGUGCGUGCGUCUAUGAUGGCACUCGCUCCUGUCCUUUGGCGGCCUUUCGACGCGGAGGUCAUCGCUGCGUGCUGUGACCUGUCCAGUGUCGGGAUGCAUGCCGAUGGUCUAUACGAAGUGCGGAGAAGCUUUCCGCCGCCAAGCCACGUCGGCGUGAUGACUCAGCAGCAAGCUCACGUCCGACGUCCAACAUCGCAGGCAUCCAGCGAUCAAGGUGGCCUCGAGCUGGCAACGAGCACCAGAGUGAGCCCGUUUGGUUCGGUUAAUCGAACACAAGAGACACUUUAA